CCGUCAACACCUGCUGUCUUUGUUCCUCAGGUCGUUGGUUAUUCCGUCCGCCUGUCUAUCUUACUUCGCUGCAGAAUCCGAGGACAAAGCUGUAGCUACCCGAUAAACCACCACCAGCCUGCCCCGCGCAUCGACGUCGGCGACCUCCGCCUCUCAACUCAAAUAAUGGCAGACAACCACAGCGGCACCGAGUCUCAUGUGACGAUCCAGCGGCGGACUCACUACUCACCACCGUGGGCAGAUGUCAGCAUCAUUGGCAUUGCUGGCAGUUCCGGCUCAGGAAAGUCGACUCUGUCGCAUGCCAUUGUGAGGAAGCUGAAUCUGCCCUGGGUGGUGAUUUUGUCCAUGGACUCUUUCUACAACCCUCUGAGUCCUGAGGAGUCAAAGAGGGCUUUUGACAACGACUUUGACUUUGACGCGCCAGAUGCAAUUGACUUUAAUGUACUUGUGCAAUGUUUGCGCGAUCUGAAGGCCGGAAAACGGGCUGAAAUUCCCAUUUACUCCUUCUCUAAGCAUCAAAGGCUGGACAACACCACGACCAUCUACUCACCUCACGUCAUCAUCCUGGAGGGAAUCUUUGCCCUCCAUGACCCCCGUAUUAUUGAUCUUCUGGAUAUGAGGAUAUUCUGCGAGGCGGAUGCCGAUACGUGUUUGUCACGGAGAGUGUUGAGAGACGUUAAGGAGCGUGGUCGCGAUGUAGAUGGAAUCAUGAAGCAGUGGUUCAAGUUUGUGAAACCAAACUUUGAAAAAUUCGUCGAGCCGCAGCGCAAAGUGGCAGACAUCAUCGUGCCGAGAGGUAUCGAGAACCGCGUUGCCAUGGCCAUGGUUGUUCAGUACAUUGAGCGCAAGUUGAUCGAAAAGUCAACCCACCACCGGGCAGCACUUACACAGUUGGAGUUGGCGGCUGCUAGUGACCCUCUGUCCGACAGAGUCGUGAUUUUGGACCAGUCACCACAACUGAGAGGCAUGAGCACCAUCAUUCAGGAUAUCGACACCUCUGCGGAAGACUUUAUAUUCUACUUUGACCGCCUCGCGUGUCUUCUGAUCGAGCAGGCACUCAACAAUGUGCAGUUCAGAGAAAAGACCAUUGCGACGCCCCAGGGUUACAAGUACAACGGACUUCAAGCUACGGGCGAUGUAAGUGCGGUGCUUGUCCUUCGUGGCGGUGCCGCCUUUGAGACGGCCUUGAAGAGGGUCGUCCCCGACAUGCGGACGGGCAGAAUCCUCAUCCAGUCCAACGUACGGACGGGAGAGCCCGAGCUGCAUUAUCUCAAGCUUCCGGAUAACAUUGACUCCCACGAGUCGGUCUUGUUGAUCGACACGCAGAUGGCCAGCGGAGGUGCCGCACUCAUGGCCGUGCAAGUCCUCGUGGACCACGGCGUCGCUCAGGACAAGAUCGUGCUGGCGUGCUAUGCUGCCGGAAGGCUGGGUGUGCACCGGCUUGCAAAGGUGUUCCCUGGUAUCACCAUUGUUCUGUGCAACAUGCUUGCGGAUAUUGAAGACCGCUGGGUUGAGAAGAAGUACUUCCGAUGCUAGCCGUAGGCAUAUAUAUACUUGUAUAACCCGGCCGAGUUGCGCCGAGCCUACGUCUGUAGCAAAAUCGAUGAUUGCUCAAGUGGCAACACGAAAGCCUAUUGCAAGAAAAGUGCAUCGUAAUGCCAUGGAGUAAGGCUGCUUGAUUCAUGAUAAUUGAGGGUCUCCAAGGGCUAGAGCCCGUGCCUCUGGAAAAGGCCGCAUAUUCGCCUGCCAGACAGCCUGCGAGAUCCAUUG